GUGUCCCUGUCUUCUGUAUAGCACGACCUCACUGCCUCACUUGUCCCUGUGAGAGGCUCUGUGAAGACCUGCUUCUCCCAAAGACAACUUCAUCCCGGAAGAACUUCACCUAAAAGGACUUGCCAGGCCAGAUGAUGCCCGUUGAGCUGGGGCAGGCCCUCAUCCUGCUGCCACCACUGGCAAAGGCCGAGGACUCAGCAUUCUCUGGACCAGAUGCUGCCACUCGAGGGGAGCCCUCCAGCCCCGAGACUGCACACCAGCUUUUCAGGCAGUUUCGUUACCAGGUGAUGUCUGGGCCCCAGGAAACCCUCAGACAACUUCGGAAGCUCUGUUUCCAGUGGCUGCAGCCAGAGGUUCACACCAAGGAGCAGAUCCUAGAGAUCCUCAUGUUGGAGCAGUUCCUGACCAUCCUGCCUGGGGAGAUUCAGAUGUGGGUGCGGAAACAGCGUCCAGGCAGUGGAGAGGAGGCGGUGACCCUUGUGGAAAGCUUGAAGGGAGAUCCCCAGAGGCUGUGGCAGUGGAUCAGCAUCCACGUUUUAGGACAGGACAUUGUAUCCAAGAAGGCGGAAUCUGCAAGCUGCCGGGUGGGGGAAGUGGAGGCCCAUCGUGAAGUGAUGCCUCAGGAGCUGGGACUGCAGAAUUCUCCCUCUGGGCCCGGGGAGCCACUGAGCCACAUGGUGAAGGAGGAGUCUGACCCGGAACAAGAGUUAGCAGUGGUUGCUUCCCAGCUUCCUGCCCAACCCGAGGACAGGCUCAUCAGGGACCAGGACUUCGGAGCCUCGCUUCUCCACGCAGCGCCGCAGGAGCAGUGGCGGCACCUGGAUACCACUCAGAAGGAGCAAUACUGGGAUCUCAUGCUGGAGACCUAUGGGAAAAUGGUCUCAGGAGGCAUUUCCAGUGCCAAGCCUGACCUGGCUAGUCCAGUAGACUAUGGGGAAGGCCUGGCAGGACUGCCCCUGCAUGUUGGCGAGAAGAUCCCCAGAGCCACCUGCAGAGGAGAUAGACAGGAGAAUGACAAAGAGAACCUGAACUUGGAAAAUUAUAGGGACCAGGAACCUCCAGAUGCCUCCUGUCUUGCCUCAGAAGGGGCACCUUCUCAGGCUUCCUUGAGUGGCCUCUUCACUGAGGACGAGCCGAGACACCUUGGAGAAGGAGAGACUCUCCCUGAGGCUCAGGAAAACCUUCAGGGCGAGGGAGCAGGGGGACAGUUCUCGCAAGAAAGGAGUUCUGGGAAACAACCAGGCCACCAUCUGCCCAGUCCUCAUCCAGGAGAGCUGUCCGUGCUGUGGCUUGAGGAGAAGAGAGAGGCCUCUUCUAAAGGGCAGCUGAGAGCCCCGAUGGCCCAGAAACUGCCCACCUGCAGGGAGUGUGGGAAAACCUUCUACAGGAAUUCUCAGCUUGUUUUCCACCAAAGAACGCACACCGGAGAGACGUACUUCCAGUGCCCCACCUGCAAGAAAGCCUUUCUGCGCAGCUCCGACUUCGUGAAGCACCAGCGGAUCCACACGGGAGAGAAGCCCUGCAAGUGCGACUACUGCGGGAAAGGCUUCAGUGACUUCUCGGGACUGCGCCACCACGAGAAAAUACACACAGGGGAGAAGCCCUACAAAUGUCCCAUCUGCGAGAAGAGCUUUAUCCAGAGGUCAAACUUUAACAGACAUCAGCGGGUUCACACCGGAGAGAAACCUUACAAAUGUUCCCGCUGCGGGAAAAGUUUCAGCUGGAGUUCGAGCCUUGAUAAACAUCAGAGAUCCCACUUGGGAAAGAAGGCCUUUCCAUAGCCACAUUCUCAGCCCGUUUCCACAUCCUGGUUCAUCUAAAACACGUAGCUCCUCCGGAGAAAUGGCAUCUCUCAGAGGAUGUCCCUGCUCUCUCUUUUGUGCAUGGAUUAGAGAAGAGAGUUCCUGCAGUGGGUUGGGACUUGGAGCAUAUAUCAGCCUGUGGAUUAGAUUUCACACUGCUUUAAUUUCUUGCUUCUGCACCAGGAGAAGGACUAGUCUCUGUCUUUCACCUCCUCUCGUUUUGGGGGAAGAGAUGGGAAAAGACUGUCGCUCGGAGAUCCCAUUUUAGAAGUGCUACCGGGGGGAGUUGAACUGGAUUAGCCACAACUGCUGCUCAUGGCAAGAACCUCAGAUCAGCCCUUUCAAACUGGGGUUCCAGAGCAGGCCAUCUGUUACAAAAGGGGGGACAUAGAGGGCCAGUGAGCUCACGUGUGUUCUUUGUCACACUGGUGCAAAAUUGAUGUCACGUCCCUGUUUUAAAUAAACUUAGU